AUGCUUUGGCGUUUGCUACUCCCAACAUUCCUAACGGUCGUAACAGCCAUCCGGCUAAGGUCGGAGCAACAAACCAAGGAUUGGUGGGAAAAGGCUGGCUUUUAUCAAAUAUACCCGCGUUCCUUCAAGGACAGCGACCAGGAUGGGAUCGGCGAUCUGAACGGAAUCACGGAGAAACUGUCCUAUCUGAAGGAUAUUGGAAUGCGUGGCUUCUGGUUGUCACCCAUGUACAAAAGCCCGAUGGCGGACUUUGGCUACGACAUUUCCGAUUUCCGAGACAUCCAGCCAGAGUACGGCACGAUGGAUGACUUUCGACGGCAGAUUGCCGAAGCAAAGCGACUGGGAUUGAAAGUGAUAUUGGACUUUGUUCCGAAUCACUCGAGCGAUGAACAUGAGUGGUUUCUUAAGUCGGCAAAACGAGUAUCAGGAUACGAGGAUUACUACGUUUGGCGUGAUGGAAGACCCAACCCGGAGAACCCGAAUAAACCCUUACCACCGAACAAUUGGUUAUCUGGAUUCCGCGGAAGUGCGUGGCAGUGGAAUGACGAGCGACAGCAGUUCUACUAUCAUCUGUUCACAGCUAAACAGCCCGAUUUGAAUUUUCGAAAUCCCAAGGUAGUGGAAGAGAUGAAAAAUGUGCUACUUUUUUGGCUAGAUUUGGGCGUAGAUGGCUUUCGAAUUGAUUCAGUAGGUUGCAUGUUCGAGGUGCUGCCGGACCGGAAUGGCAAUUUUCCCGAUGAACCGGUGAGUGGAACAACGCAAGAUACGGAGGACUUCGCUUAUCUUGAACAUAUCUAUACCAUUGAUCGACCGGAGAAUGUGGAAAUGGUGUAUGAGUGGAGAAAACUUCUGGAAAACUAUCGCGAACGACAUGGCGGCGAUACACGAGUUUUAAUGACAGAAUCUUGGUCUAGUUUGGACAUCAUAAAACCAUACUUCAGAGACAUCAGGGGUAAUGAGGGCGCUCAGAUGCCAUUCAAUUUUCGAUUGAUCACUGAAUUAAAUGGAACAUCAACGGCCUAUGAUUUUAAGAAUGUGAUUGACUCUUGGAUGGGCAUCGUUGAUGAGAAACACACAGCGAAUUGGGUUCUAGGAAAUCACGAUCGCAGUCGUGUGGGUACUCGCCUAGGUGAACAACGUAUCGAUAGUAUGGCGAUGAUUGAGCUCACAUUGCCGGGUGUUAGCGUAACCUAUCAGGGUGAUGAGAUAGGGAUGACGGAUGUCGAAGUUUCGUGGGAACAAACAGUGGACCCUGCUGGUUGCAACGAAGGAAAGGAAAACUACGCAGCGAAAUCGCGUGACCCGGUCAGGACGCCAUUCCAGUGGGACGAUAGUAAUUUAGCAGGAUUCACAAGUGGCACGGGUACGUGGCUUCCCGUGGGACCCAAUUACCGUGAAAUUAAUGUAAAAGUAGAGAGCAGUGAUCCAAAAAGUCAUCUCAAUAUUUUUAAAUCUCUGAUGAAACUCAGAGAAAAAGACACAUUUCUGUACGGAGAUUGGCGCACAGUAGUGUUUAAUGAUUACGUUUUUGCGAUUGUUCGCAAUCUCGAAAGCUCUAAUGCGUACAUUACCAUAGCAAAUUUAGGAAGCUCAACACACAUUAUUAAUGGAAAUCAGCUGAUUAGAAAUAUUCCAAAAGUUCUGUUCUAUGCAAUAGUUGCAAGAUCAUCGAUUCAUAAUAUAGGAGAUUCAGUGGACACACGCAACAUCAAACUGGAAGCGUAUGAGGCGUUCGUUUUGGAAGCUAAACGUUCGGAAGACCGGAGAAUGAAAGCCGACAUUUGCGAUCGUUGGUUAAACUUUUAG